UUGCUUUGUUACUGUAAGAGAAAAUCGAACAAGCCUGCGCUCAAAAGUAGUUGUUGGAGAAUGUUAUUGUUUGCCGGCAUAUAAUUUUUGUUAAAGUAAACAAAAAUAUAUCUUAUUAGAAAUAAUGAAUUUAUUGUUUUGGUGUUUGGUUUUAAUAACCAAUAAUUGUUUUGCACAAUCAACAGUUGGAGACAGUGACUUUAGUAACGCAUGUACUGCAGAAAGCAUAGAAAAUUGUUCACAUUUGGAUAUUGAUAACAACAAUAUCAUAGAAAAUGAAGUAAGGACAUCUCUAAAAUCAUAUGUUCCAUGUGCAGAUGAAGAUGAUACGGAUUGUAAUUGCUAUAGUGAUGUUAUACUAAAUGAUUUAAAACCAUAUCAAAAAGGUAUCACUAAGCAAAUGCUAAACAAUACUGCAAAAUAUGGUACACGAUACAAAAUUUUGAACCAACAACUAUUUCGCGACAAAGAAUGCAUGUUCCCCGCACGAUGCAGUGGUAUUGAACAUUUCCUAUUAAAACUUUUACCCGCACUACCAGAUAUGGAUAUGGUAGUAAAUACACGAGAUUGGCCACAGGUUCUGACUGGACUUGGCAGCAGAAUUGGACCAAUAUUCUCAUUCUCUAAAACAAGUGACUAUUUAGACAUCAUGUAUCCAGCAUGGACAUUUUGGGCUGGCGGUCCUGCAAUUUCUCUUCAUCCAACUGGUAUUGGUCGUUGGGAUUUAUUGCGUGAUAGCAUAUCCAAAGCUGCAACAAAAACACCAUGGUCUGAAAAGCUACCACUCGUAUUUUUUCGUGGAUCCCGCACAUCCGAUGAACGCGAUGCUCUAGUUCUCCUAUCACGUCGCAGACCCGACUUAGUUGAUGCAAAAUAUACCAAAAACCAAGCCUGGAAGUCUCCUAAAGAUACACUUAACGCUGAGCCUGCGAAAGAAGUUUUGUUAGAAGAUCAUUGUCAAUAUAAAUAUCUCUUCAAUUUUAGAGGAGUGGCUGCUAGCUUUCGUUUCAAACAUUUGUUUCUUUGCAACUCUUUAGUAUUCCAUGUAGGCGAUGAAUGGAAAGAAUUUUUUUACUUCGCACUAAAGCCAUGGGUGCAUUACGUGCCUCUUAAGAGUUAUCCCAGUGAAAAAGAGAUAGAGAACAUUUUAACUUUUUUCCAAAACCAUGAUGAUCUAGCUCGUGAAAUUUCUGAACGCGGAUCGCAGUUUAUUUCACAGCACUUACGCAUGCAAGACAUCGAGUGCUAUUGGAAGAAUCUCUUACUAUCAUAUGGAAAGCUAAUCACUUUUAAGGUUGAAAGUGAUACUGAACUUGUACAAAUUAAACCUCCAGGAGACAAGUCCAACAAGAAGCAGGAACUAUAAGUAAAAAUUAUGAUAAAUAUAAUAUAUACUAAGACAAAGUACAUAAUAGCUCUCUACAAUCCGUUAAUAUCUCAAUAAAAUAUAUUUGUUUACAAUUUUA